AUGCAUUUAGAAAGCCUGAGGAUAAAGUGGAAAGAUGAAGAAAUUGGGUUCCACAGAACCUUUGAACAGAUUGAUGCCAAGAAAAAUGACAAAAAAAGAACUUGGAAAAAAGAGAGCUUAGUCACCAUACUUUUACUAACUGCCCUUUUAUCAUUUGCUUAUUUUGUUGUUUUGCAUACUGACACUAUUUCAUUGUUUUUUCUUUUAGUUGGCCGAAUUGUUUUAGAAUUGUUUGCAGAUAUUGUACCCAAAACUGCAGAAAAUUUUCGUGCAUUGUGUACAGGAGAAAAAGGCAUUGGACCCACCACUGGGAAACCUCUCCAUUUCAAAGGAUGCCCGUUUCAUCGAAUUAUUAAGAAAUUUAUGAUUCAGGGUGGAGACUUCUCAAAUCAGAAUGGGACAGGUGGAGAAAGUAUUUACGGUGAAAAAUUUGAAGAUGAAAAUUUCUAUUACAAGCUUUUAAACCCAGACCUUUUUUUUUAUAUCAUUAAUAUGGUAGUGCACUUCUACAAUUUAGGAUUAUUUUUACAGUUGUGCAUUAUUGCAGAAUGCGGAGAAUUGAAGGAAGGGGAUGACUGGGGAAUAUUCCCUAAAGAUGGUUCUGGUGACAGUCACCCAGACUUCCCGGAGGAUGCAGAUAUAGAUUUAAAAGAUGCUCUUGAAAUAGACCCAUCAAAUACCAAAGCACUGUAUCGCAGAGCUCAAGGAUGGCAAGGAUUAAAGGAAUAUGAUCAAGCACUGGCUGAUCUUAAGAAAGCUCAGGAGAUAGCACCAGAAGAUAAAGGUAAGUUGGCAGUUUUUGUAGCGAAAAUUCAUUUUGUCCUUCUAGAAUUUAUCCUCAUGAACCACUGUAUCCUUUGCCACUUAGAUAUUCAUUUGUUCAGCAGAUACUAUAGAAUGCCUGUCAGUGAACAAGGUGCCUGCCUCCAGAGAGCUUCCAUUUCAGGCUCUCUCCUGACCACUCAUGUUUACAUAUCUGAA